UGUUGUGUAAACACAUGGAGUCGGUCUUGGCGACUGAGAGCUCAGCUCAUUGGGGCCUCUGAGCAGGACAUUUGACGUGUCUGAAGCAGGCGGACCAGAGUUCGCAAGGUGUCAAAAGAAAUUGGUCGUCAUCGUGUCCGUUAGGUAGUUAUGCACAUAGGCGCCAGUGCGAGUAGUGGGUUCAGAGCAUUGUUGCCAGUUGAAGAGAAAGCUGCAAUGCGGCCUGUGCGUGGCUGGCAGGCAGCGCCUUCCUUCCAGGUCUGUGUGUCUGCCCCGAAAGCCGCGCCUUCGCGACUUCCUAGAUACUCGUCCAUUUCACGACUUCCAUCUCGCAUUCUUCCUUCCCGCCCGAAAGUGCUCGACUUUGUGAUUCCAGUUCUACGACAUUCCAGCAAAGCAAGAAAAAGAACUCCGAGCUGUCAACAAAGCCGCCCGACAUCUUCUCCACUCGAACCGAACGCGCAUACCCUUGUUUACAUUUCGAAGCACCCAAAUCGAAGACGACCUCAGCACCACAACGUCGCUAAUUUCCAUCAUUACUCGACCUCCUGCGAUCGCCGUUUUCCUGAUUCCACACCUAUCCUCUAUCCAACAACCGUCUGCGUGUCGUGGUACACCUGACUGCCGCGCCGCCGAUCGCAUCUGUCGCAUCUGUCGCAUCCGUCCUGCACACGCCCUCACCCAGACUCGAGUCAAGCGUGUUGAUGGCAACCUAGCUCUGUCAACCG